GCUCCAGGUUCGGAAUUAACAUAUGAUAAUUUCGAUGAUUUCAUACGUCUCACCGAGCGUCAGCUAUUUCAAGCUGACCAUCAAAGCAACAAUUCCAGCGCAAACCCCUUCUCAGGGGGCUUCGUCUCCAGAGAAUUGGACAUGUUAUGCAUGCAGGGAAGAAUUUCUCCGCGAGGAGCACUAGACUCUCUCGAUCAAAGUUUCUGGCGUCGAGUUCUUGCAAUCUAUGAAGAGGAAGUCGGCAUGAUGUAUCCCUUUCUUGACAUCGAUCAGCUGAGCCAUGAGAUAAUCGGUGGAAAAACACGGUCCGGUUUCGAAUGCCCGCCAUCUAGUAGCCUCUAUAGCGAAGGUGUUGGAAAUAUUGCCUUCCUCGUACUGGCGAUUGUUUCAAGCUUCGAAGGCUCAAAGGCUGUAGAAAUCGCGAGCCCCGUUGUUGAAGACGCUUUCGUUUCAACUAUUCCCAAAAUACACCUCCAGUCACCUGACUUGGGCGAUUUGACGUUAUUGGCUUUGACUUGCAUCUUCUUCUUUCUUAAUGAUCGUGAGAAAGAGGCGUGGAGAACAAUUGGUACAAUCGUGAGACUUGUACACGAACAAAGCUCUCAAGAGGAAGAGGCCACCGCCGACAAGAUUUCUGAUACUUUCUUCUGGUCUCUAUAUACCUUGGAUCGAAGAUGGAGCUUUGGCACCGGACUGCCAUUUGCAGUUCAAGACUCGGAAAUCAACAGACCAUCACUGCCAAUGAACGACAGCAGCAGCCAUUCAUUAGCUUAUCUCAAAGAGAUGGUUUCAUUUUGCGGCAUAGCCUCAGAUGUGCGAAGCUUCUUCUUCGGCACUAUGGCACCCAGGCUCCAAGACUCUGGCUCAACUCAGGACUAUCUGCAGUUCCGGGUUAUUCAAUGGCAGCAAAACCUGCCACGCCGAUUGCAAUUCCACGGCAUUGACGACAAAUUUAACGUGGCAACUGAGAAACGCGGAGACUAUAAGCUACGAUUAAUGCUUUAUCUGCGAGCUAAUCAGAUGAGAACAAUUAUUCUUCGCAAAGCAGCUAGUCGCUUCGGGUCUCACAACAUCGACACAUCAAACUUUCAAGUCAUGAUCCAGGUUGCUCGAGACUCGAUACAGGUGUUGGCCAGACUGGCUAAGGAGACUGACAUAUAUCAUGCUCAACACAAGACGUUUAACCAUUUUCUGGAGACAGCUUUGUCUUCGUUGCUUCUUGCUACCUGCUAUGCCAGUCCCGAUCAGAGCAAGUCUUGUCUCCCAGAUGUGAUUACUGCAACGCAGCUCAUCCACCGACUGGCAAGGGAAUCCUUGAUCACGAGGCGUCUGAGGGAUAAAUUACAGACCAUACGGGAAGCGACUGACGAACUGAGAACGCAGAGAUACAGGGAAAACGGGGCGAGUUUCGGGCCAGUGCCUGAUACAGGGACAAUGAGAGUUUACCAGGGCUCUGGCUUCCCAGAAGCAGCACUUGCGACAAACUUCACAGGGGACCCCAUCUCACUGAAUGGUCUUCCAACGGCGUCCAAUAUCCCAAUCGGUCUAUUUGACUUAGAUACUGCAGACACCACCUGGGCAGACACUGACCCGUCAUUGUUUAACAACCUGAGCCAUAUUCUUGGUAACUGCGAAAACUUUACAUUCUUCUAG